AACCAGCAAUAAUUCGGCGGUACAAUUUUAUUGAUCCAACUCAACCCCAAACAUUUCGCCGGGAGACACCGGCUAGUCUUAUACCGAACGUACGCUACGUGUUAAUUGUUUACAUAAGUUGGAACUCCUUGAAUCAAUAUUUAAAAAAGGAACACAAUGGAUAAUAGUGCUAUGACUACUUCAGGAUUAUUGGAUUGGGAAUUAUCUUUACCAUCCGACCAGAUAAUAUCCCACGGCUGGUACCACGGAGCUCUAAGCAGAACAGCUGCUGAGAACCUUCUCCAGCAAGACCGUCAGUUUCUCGUCCGCGAGUCGUCGUCUCAACCUGACAAUUAUGUACUUAGCUGUCGCUCAAAUGGACAACAUUUACAUUUCGUCAUACAACGGAUCGUAGUGCACCCUGAAACCGUCUAUGAGAAAUUUCAAUACCAGUUUGAAGAUGAAGCAUACGAUACAGUAGCAGACCUUAUCACUUCGUACGUGGGUUCUGGCAAGCCAAUAUCAGCGGCGUCGGGAGCCAGAAUUCAAUAUCCAGCAAAUCGAGUUGCACCCCUGACGAACUACACUCCUGAUGACAUGACCUCUGUAGUAUCCCCAAUGGGCGAAUCAUCUGGCUACGGCAAUCCUUAUAGUUUGUACAGUCAUUUUGCCGCAAAGCCAGGAAUGCAACUUCGUGUCCCAUUUAAGAAACAACGAUCCCAUUCCCUGACACCAAUAGAUAUAGCUCAACACGUAACGCACGGAAAAAGUGCUAGUGCAGAUGGUGUUAUACAAAGUCAAACAAAUAAACACCACAAACAUUUGUCUGGUGAUUCCAACUCCAGUUCGGGAACUUGGGAUGCAAACUUGCCGACGAGCCCGCCUGCCAAACCAGUUCGUUACGAAGGACCUAAGGCAGAUGACAGACGACUGGAACUUCAAAGAUUCUAUCACGUUUCUGGUUCAGAUUCCGGCAAUGGAUCUGGCGAUUCGACACAGAGCUCCGCUCAUAGUGACCCGAAUAAGUCUAGACUUGACAUAGAUUACAACUUAGUGACACCAACAUUAAAACAACAAUUUGAUUACGAUGUUACAGAAGCUAGACUGUUACAGGCUGAAAAUUUGGACUAUUUGAUUGAAUCAAGGAUUAACUUGGAAAACUUCCAAUCGCAGAUCAUACCAAUGAAUCUAACAAAGCCCUUAGAGUCGGAGACUUUACACAAUAUCAAAUUGUUCUUAAGAACAUGUGGACCGCGUAUUUUGGCAAAUCACAUGACAAAAGUAGACUUGCAUUUCUUGAUAGAUGAUGCCGUGCAAAUCGAAGGCUUGGAUAAAACUGCCUCAGGACUAGAGUUAUGCUUUUUGCCUCAAGGUCGAUCCUUACGUAUGGAUGUGAUAGAGAGAAUUGAAACUUUUCGACUCCUCGUAGCGGUUACAAUAUUAACCUGCCAAACGGAUAGGCAGAGAGCAGAUACUAUUAAUGACUGGAUCCUCCUCGCCGUAGAAACAAAGACAGCAUUGGGAAAUCUGUAUGGAUUUUCGGCUAUCAUGUUCGGCCUAUGCAUGCCACAGGUGGAGUGCUUAGAAAAUGCAUGGAGUAUACUACGCCAAGCCCACACAGAUAGCGCAAUUAUGUUUGAAGCUAAAUUGAGACCGUGUUUUAAAAGUAUGAAUGAAGGAAAUAAUCCGCUUCCUCCUAACACUACCACGCCGUAUGUGUUGCCGCCAGUACUUUGCUUCCAUAUGUUUGAUGGCGAAGGAGGCGAUGUUAUGCAGCCCGAUGACACUUUCCCGAAUAGUCUCGUGAACACACUAGAUUUCGACUUCACCAGUACAGCUGCGCAUUUAGAUGCGGCCAGACAUUUUCCCAACCAAGUUGAUAUGUUCAAAAGAAACGCCCGAACAGUUAUCCAAGUAAUGUCACAACUGGGACCAUUAUUAGAUCCAGUAUUACUCGAACUCUUUAAGACAGAAUUUCAUAUAAAUUUCCUUUGGGGUGAACGAGGUGCCCUGACAACACCUAACCAAAGAUUUGCGAGGCUAACUGAUAUAUUAACUACGAUGGCUGCAAAACUAGCAAAUCAAACUCCACUGCAAGAGGACGUUGUUUAAGUUUUUGUUUAAUAGCAUUAACUUUUUGGAAUAUCUAAUCAACUGAAAUAACAGUACACUUAGAAAUUAAAUUUAUAGUAUGAAAUAAAAUAAUUUAGUGGUUAUCGAUGUCAAUCUUUGGUGGCUCAAGGUCUGCUGCGCGAAGCCUAGUGCGCUUCACCUGCAUCCCUCAAUGCCGUGACACAUCUAAACCUAAAUGUGUGCAAACACGCAUACUAUGUUUUAUAUUUCGACCAAAGAGUCAGCGUUAACAAACGCUCUCAGUCUUCACCGACUGACAUGCCAGAUUUAAGAACUGUCUGUACUCUGUAGGAUAAGUAUUAUUAUUAAACGGUUUUAAGUUUUAACUAUCCCACUUAUAGAUUUUAUGACCAUAAUUUAUU